AGCGACUCAUGGAGGAAGAGGGCGGUACAAGGGGGAAAAGGAUUGUCCAACGAAAAUCUUUAGCGCCGGACCUCAGGACAGCGCCGGGGCAGAAGGAAAGAUGGAGAAUUUCACUGCGCUAUUCGGAGCUCAGGCCGACCCACCACCACCCCCAACCGCACUUGGCUUUGGACCAGGAAAAGCUCCACCACCACCUCCCCCUCCUCCAGGCGGUGGACCCGGCACGGCUCCGGCCCCCACCGCGGCAACGGCCCCUCCUGGUGCAGACAAGUCAGCAGCUGGUUGUGGUCCCUUCUACCUAAUGAGGGAACUGCCAGGCAGCACCGAGCUGACAGGCAGUACCAACCUGAUCACACACUACAACCUGGAACAUGCCUACAAUAAAUUCUGUGGGAAGAAGGUGAAAGAGAAGCUGAGUAACUUCCUGCCUGACCUGCCAGGGAUGAUUGAUCUGCCAGGUUCCCAUGAUAACAGCAGCCUCCGCUCCCUCAUUGAGAAGCCCCCUAUUCUUGGUGGUUCUUUCAAUCCUAUCACAGGGACCAUGCUGGCUGGCUUUCGCCUCCACACUGGCCCGUUGCCAGAGCAGUGUCGUCUGAUGCAUAUUCAGCCUCCCAAGAAAAAGAAUAAGCACAAGCACAAACAGAGCCGUACCCAGGAUCCUGUCCCCCCAGAAACACCAUCUGAUUCAGAUCACAAGAAAAAGAAAAAGAAAAAAGAAGAGGACCCUGAACGGAAAAGGAAGAAGAAAGAGAAGAAGAAAAAGAAGAACCGACACAGUCCAGACCACCCUGGUAUGGGCAGUUCUCAGGCCAGCAGCAGCAGCAGCCUCCGCUAACAGGACCACUGGACUGCCAGGACUUUUCCUGCCGUACUGAACCUACUGUCAAAAGCUGCCUUCCUGGCUCUUGGACACUGCCUUAGGAGCAUCCCCUGUGCUGGAACAGAAGCCAGUCCUACUGUGCUCAGUUAAGAGUAAUGCAUUAUGAGAAGGGCCAUGCUUUUGUAAGGUUCAGCCCAGCUUUUUCAUGGACAUCACUUCCUUUCUGAGGAAGUUUUCAUCUUUUGUGUAGUGUGUCUGAUUUAGGACCUUACCUGAUGUUAAGGCUUUUCUUUUAAAAAAAAUUUGCAUUUAUCAAACUGGCUGAAGUAUGGCUGCCUGUUAACAGAGGUAAGUGCCUUUCUGUGAGAGUCAGGGUUUGAAUGAAGGCAUGCUAAGGUCGGGGGGGGGGGGGGAUUCAUCAAUAGGAGGGAACCAACCAAAGUAAGAUUGGGGAACAUGGUCCAGAAGUUAGGCAGAGCUUAUUAAUAUCUUUCCACAGCAGACACAUAAUAUCUUGUCCAUAAUGUUGAGAACCAAACACCUGGAUGAUCUUCAGCCUCUAUCUGAAGAGUUCAUCCAUCCAGUUAGGGCUCAACUAUAUUCUAGGUCAAUUUUGUUUUAAAACAGAAUAGCCAACUGAAAAAGCACCCAUGAUCACCAGUGUACUUCAGCAGGUUGAUUCUUGGUCAGGCCCAUGAUUUUUUUAAGUGAUUAUCUGGCCAAAGGCAAAUGCUUCUCAUCUUUGAAGAACUUCUGACCUGCUUCAUUCCUUAGUUAAGAUGAAGUAUUUGGCAUGUGAAAACAUUUCUAAGCUUCUAAGAUAGCAACAAACAGGCAAACUGAACUAACAAAAUGUAAAAUUAAGUCCCUUUGAUCUUUACAACAGGCCAGGUAACUGAAGAAAUCUGAGAAAACCCAGCCGAAGGUAAUCUGACUUGAAACUAAGUUUGACAGAAGUUACAGUCUGUUACAGUCUGUUGAGCCAAGGUUAUUCCCAGAUCAGUAGGUAGAAGACCACUCAUUUAGUUCCAGUUGUAGUCUAGAAUUUCAGAGCCAGCGUUUAUAUACUUAAAGGGUUCUGGCUAGUUUUCUGAGGUUUACUGUCUAAGGAUGCCUAUUAAAAUCAGGCUACAGCCUUUUGCUUUCGCAAAGAGAAAAUAGGAGCUAACCAAAUUAACUGCCACCUGUGUGUACAGAAGGCCUUUAACAGGCUUUCAUACUUUGAUCAUCCACCAUCUCCCAUUGGCCACAUCCAAAAUGGACACACUUUCCAGAGACAAUUCUGUAUUAAGGAACAAGUGUGGCACAUAUCAGGAGUUCUCUAAGCCUCAAAAUGACAACUUUUAGUGGUUGGAAAUAAUUUUUUUUCAGGAAUUUUCAAAUUAAAUCACCAAGGGGGAAAAAAACAAGACCUGUUGUUUUUGAGUGGUUAUUUUCACUAUUUUCCUGCCUACAGAUGGGUCAGGACUGGAGAAGCUUAUG